CUUCACACCACUAUGGCUAUCUCAACUAGCUUCCUUCUUUUCUCAGCUUCUCUCUUGUUCUUCAUAGUCUCUCCUUCUAUCCAAGCUUCCUUUAGGCCUAAAGCACUAGUCCUUCCUGUCUCAAAAGAUGAUUCAACCAACCAAUACAUCACUGAAAUCAAGCAAAGAACCCCUUUAGUGCCUGUCAAGUUGACCCUUGAUCUUGGUGCCGCGUCCCUCUGGGUCGAUUGUGACCGAGACUAUGUCUCAUCUACCUACAAGCCUGCCCGUUGUAACUCCGCUCAAUGCAACUUGGCUAGGUCCAAGUCCUGCGGAGAUUGCUUCGAAGGUCCCAGGCCAGGCUGCAACAAUAAUACCUGUAACCUCUUCCCGGCCAACAACGUAGUAAACUCUGCCACCAUCGGCGAGGUUGCUCAAGAUGUUGUAUCGGUCCAAUCUACCGACGGAAAGAGUUCCGGUGAAGCAGUUUCAACGUCCAAGUUUCUCUUUACUUGCGGUUCCACUUUUCUCAUGGACGGUCUUGCUAGUGGCGUUAAUGGUGUGGCUGGUCUAGGUAGAACAAAGGUUUCAAUGCCUUCUCAAUUCUCCGCUGCUUUUAGUUUCCCGAGAAAAUUUGCAGUUUGUUUGGGUUCAUCGAGUGGUGUCGUCUUCUUCGGUGAUGGGCCUUAUAGUUUCCUUCCUUCCGUCACUGACAUCUCGAAAUCUCUAUCCUACACUCCCCUCAUUCUCAAUCCCGUCAGCACCGCACCGAGUUCAUUCGAAGGUGAACCUUCUUCGGACUACUUCAUCGGAGUGACGGGGAUCUCCGUUAAUGGUAAACUAGUGGCGUUAAACAAAACGCUGCUUUCCAUUAACAAAGAAGGCCACGGCGGAACGAAGAUCAGCACUGUUGCUGCCUACACUCUGUUGCAAACCUCAAUCUACAAAGCGGUGGUUAAAGCUUUCAUCAAGGAAAUUCCCGGUGUUCCCAGGGUUAAAGCAGUGGCUCCAUUCGGUGUAUGCUUCGAUGCUAAAUCCAUCAGCAGCACCCGCGUCGGCCCGGGAGUGCCGAACAUUGAUCUCGAGCUACCCAACAAAGUGGUGUGGGGGAUAAUCGGAUUCAACUCGAUGGUGAACGUUGGCAAUGAUGUAUUGUGUUUAGGGUUCGUCGAUGGAGGAUCGGAACCCACGUCGUCGAUAGUGAUCGGAGGACAUCAAAUAGAGCACAAUCUUCUGCAGUUUGACCUAGCGGCAUCUAGGCUUGGGUUCAGUUCUUCCCUCCUGUUCCAAAAAACUACAUGUUCCAACUUUAACUUCACAUCGGCUGCUUACGUUGAACACUCUUCCAUCUGAGUGUACUACUGUUUUUGUCU